AUGAGCUACAACGACGACUCGUACGGUAGCAGCCGGAACGACCGCGGCUACGGCGACUCUGGUUUCGGAGGCAGCCGCCGCGAUGACGACUCCAGCUACGGUGGAAACCGAUACGGUGGAUACGGAAAUGACUCCUCUAGCUAUGGAGACAACCGGUCUGGCGGCUACAGGGAUGACUCGAGCUCUGGCUAUGGAAGCCGCAAUGACAGUAGCAGGAAUGACGACUCCAGCUAUGUACAGAACAAUGACUCCUCCAGCUAUGGAGGCAACAACUCCUCCAGCUACGGAGGCAACCGCGGAUACGGAAAUGACUCUUCCUACUAUGGACGCAGCGACUCUUCCAGCUAUGGACGAAACAAUGACACCUCUAACUCUGGAGACAACAAAUCCAGCGGAUAUGGGAACGAUUCCUCUAGCUAUGGCCGCAAUGACGACUCUUCCAGCUACGGAGGCAACAAAUCCAGUGGAAAUGACUCCAGCUAUGGACGCAACAACGACUCCUCCGACUAUGGAAGCAAGUCUGACAGAUACGGAGACGACUCGUCCAGCUACGGCAACAAAUCUAGUGGAUACGGCAAUGACUCUAGCUAUGGACGUAAUGACUCCAGCUACGGAGACAACGACCGGUCCAGCAGUGGAAGAUCGGGCCGUGACAACAAUGACUCGAGCUAUGGCGGUAGCUACAACAACAACUCUUCUUCUGGCAGCAACCUGCUGAACAAGGCCGAAGGCAUCAUCAACCAGGUCAGCGGUGGCAACAACUCUGACCUGUUGAACAAGGCCGAAGGUAUCAUCAACCAGGUCAGCGGUAGCAACAGCUCUGACCUACUGAACAAAGCCGAAGCAACAAACAGGCUUCCUCAACAAGGCCAGCGGAAACAACGACAACAGGAACAACAACUGGAUGAAGCAGAUGAAGCACUUUCUUGGGAGAGUGAGGGCGAUUCAAUUUAG